AUGGCGAGGACAAUGGCGGCGACGAGAUGCAAGUCGACAACAAUUGCGUCUCAAUCAAUGGGUCAAUGCAGGCACUGCCGACACAUUUGCAACGCCCAAAAAAUCGAAAAAGCAAAAAGAGCAAAGCAAGAGCCGCCGCUUUCCGAUCACAAAUUUCACAAUGUCGUCUCAAUUGCUUGCAUGACUAGCGAUGGAGAAAAGGAGUGGUUUUUGAGAAAAGAUCUCAACUAUGAAAGCGGUAUUAUUAUGGCGGCCAAGUUUGUCAAGUAUUUGUCCAAGCUGAGGCAGCGCGCGGCCGAAAAAUUACCUCCAUGUCUCCAGCAAGGGAUCGACAUGUACUCUCACCAGCUGAGCAAAGAAGUCAAGGAUCAAUUUACGCCCGAAGAGCAAGGAGUCAUUCGCAAAAAGCUCAACUACCUCAAAGACUUUUUCAAACUCAAGUGCUAUGCGUGGAAUGGAGAAAGCUACGAUUUGCGAAUACUGAUGCCGCUGCUGACUUCGGUGCUGUACGAUUUUGUUGGAAGGGAAUCGAAUCAGCUCAACAUAAUCAAACGCGACGGGGGCUACAUGAUGCUUGAAUGCGCUGGGAUAAGUUUUCGAGACUUUAUGAACCACGUGGUCCCGAUUUCUCUUGAAAAAUUUGCUCGAUCGUUCAACUUGGAUCCAGCCGCUUUCUCAAAAGGCAUUUUCCCCUAUGACCUGUUUACCGACAUGGAAACAAUGUAUCAGACAACUCAAUUGCCGCCCUAUCCGGCUUUCUCGUCUUCGCUCUACAUUCCGUGCAAAGAUCAUGCGCUGGAAAUGAACGCCAUUAUCAAGGGCAAGUUUGAAUCGGGCGAGUGGACGCAGCGAGAGGACUUUUUCGAAAAAUUGGACGAGUACCUCGGUCUGGAGCGUCUGUACGAUUCUCCUGCGCUCAAAGAUUUGCCGCCAGAUUGUCCUCCCACAAUGAUCCAGUACAUUUAUUCGCAUUUUGAAUGGAAGGGCGAUUGCUACGAGUGCGAUGCCAAAAACGAAGCCGUCAAGAAAAUGUUUCACAUUUCAUCAAAAGCCUACAAUGAAAGUCUUGGCCUUUGGGAUGAGAUUGCGAAAAGCGUCAAAAACAUGCACAUGGUUCAAUUUCUAGUCAACUACAAUUUAAACGAUGUGCGAUUGCUAACCGCGGCGAUUGAUGCUUAUUCGAAAAAGUGUCUCGAAGUAUUUGGACUUGGCGCACAUGGAGGACUCUCGAUUGCCCAGCUGGCCCAAACUGCAGCAUUUAUGCACUUUGAUGAACAAUUGCCGCCAAUUAUUUCGCCACCCAAAGAGGCAGAAGGCUUUUACAAUGAUUUUCGCGAAAAUCUUACUGGCGGCAUCUGUCAGUCUGUACACCGAGCAGUUAAUCUCAAUGGGCCCAGCGACCUGCCCAAAGAGCUCUGGCAAUCUACAAAUGGAGAAGCCUUUUGCGACUUUACAGUUUACGAUUUCAAUGCACUCUAUGGACACAUGGCUCGUCAACCGCUUCCAAUUGGCGCGGGAUUGCUGUACAAGCGACAGACGAGCAAUUUCAACAAUUUUAGAGCGACCCCGCUCUUCCGCAAAAAGAAAAUCCUUCGCUCGAGUCGAUCCGCUACCUCGAGUACCUCAACAAAAACUUUAUGGGCGAUCGCAUCAAACAUGCCUACAAUUUUGUCGAAAAAGAUUGGGCGAUAUUCAAUAGAUGGCUUUGCUACACUUUCAAAAACUUUUACCAACAGCGAUGGCGAGCAAAUUGUUCAAAAGCUGCUUGUCGAAUACAAUGGCUGCCAUUUUCAUCCGUGUCCGCUUCGUCGCUGCAAAAAGGUGCUGAGCAAAUCAGCUCGAACUCGUCGAGUUUGUGUCAAUGGCAAAUUUGUCAAAAGGGUUCUUUCAACUUCCGAAACAGUCCAACUCGAAAUUGAGCGCAUCCAUUCGAUUGUCGACACAAUGAGAGAGCAAGACAAGAUGCAAUAA